GACCUCUGAAGGUUGUCUGGUCCCAACCCGCUGCUCAAAGCAGGGCCAAUAGGUUUGGGUUAUUCGGGGUCUUGGCCAGUCUCAUCCUGAGAUUUCACAGUCAGUGUUGGACCCACCUUACUGUUAAGGCUUUUUCCCCCUUUGUCUGACCAGAACUGCGGUUUGUGUCUGUUGCCUCUUGCCCUUGUGCUAUGCAGCUCCAAAAGUUUUGCUCGGCCUUCUCUAUCGCCUCGCGUUAGAUUCCCCUCAGCUGUCUCUUCCUAAGGUUGAACAAACCCAUUUCUCUCAGCGGCUCUUGGUGCAUCGGGUGAUCCAGUUUCAUGAUCUCGGUGGCCAUCUGCUGGACUCGCUUCAGUAUGUCAAUGUCUGUCCUAUACAGCAGAGCUGGACACAGCUCUGAUGCGGUCUCACAAAUGGCUCACAGAGAGACAGGAUCUCUUCUCCUGAUGUGGUGGAUGCACUUUUGCUAGUACAGCCUAAUAUAUAGUUGACCUUCUUUAUACAGUGGCACACUGCUGACCCGUAUUCACUUUGCUACCCGCAAAGGAUUACCAAACUGGUUUUUGCAAAGCUGCAUGUCAUCCAGUUGGACCCCAGCCUGGACUGUUGUGUGGGCACCAGAUGCAGACACAGGAUUUUACGUUUUCUUUUGUUGGACUUCAUGAGAUUUCUGUCAGCCUUUGUCUCCAGCCUGUAGAAGUCUCUCUGAAUGGCAGCCUUGCCUUCCGCUGUAUUGACAGCUCUCCCCACGUUGCUGUCAUCCAUAAACUUGCUGCAGGUGCAUUUCAUCCCAUUGUCUAGGUCGUUGAUGAAAACAGUGUCAGUCCCAGUACUGAGCCCAGAUUGAUGCUUUUGGCUAUUAGGAUGCUGUGGGAGAAUUUGUCAAAGGCCUUGCUAAAGUCAAGCACGGCAAAGAAGGAAGAUAUCAGGAUGGGCGUCUUAAAGCUGUUAAACAGACAUAACAUUGUGUUUGGUGAUUACAAGUGGACGGAGUUUGACGAUGGUUUCCUCAACAGCAAUGUGCAGUCUGUGUCAGUUGUGGAUACAGAGCUGAAGCUGAAAGAAAGACAGCCCAUUGACUUGAGCAAAAGUAAUCUUUCUCUUCAUAUUUUCCAUCUGAAUGAAGAAGGACCAAGCUCUGAAAACUUAGAAGAAGAGAAUGAGGAUAUUGUUGCAGCUAACCACUGGGUACUACCUGCAGCUGAAUUCCAUGGCCUUUGGGAAAGUCUUAUAUAUGACAUUGAAGUAAAAUCACAUCUACUUGAUUAUGUGACGACAACAUUACUAUUCUCUGAUAGAAAUGUUGACAGCAACCUCAUAUCUUGGAACAGAGUUGUUUUGCUGCACGGCCCUCCAGGAACUGGUAAAACUUCUCUCUGUAAAGCAUUGGCCCAGAAGCUGACAAUUCGACUGUCACACAGGUAUAGGUAUGGACAGUUAAUUGAGAUAAACAGCCAUAGCCUGUUCUCUAAAUGGUUUUCUGAGAGUGGCAAGCUUGUAACCAAGAUGUUCCAGAAGAUUCAAGAGUUAAUUGAUGACAAAGAUGCUCUUGUAUUUGUACUGAUUGAUGAGGUAGAAAGUCUCACAGCAGCCCGCAGUGCCUUCCAGGCAGGUACAGAGCCUUCAGAUGCUAUUCGUGUGGUGAAUGCUGUACUGACACAAAUAGAUCAGAUUAAAAGGUAUCCCAAUGUAGUUAUCCUGACUACUUCAAAUAUUACGGAGAAAAUUGACAUGGCCUUUGUAGACAGAGCUGACAUAAAACAAUAUAUUGGACCUCCAUCUUCUGCAGCAAUAUUCAGAAUAUAUCUUUCUUGCUUGGAAGAGCUGAUGAAGUGUCAAAUAAUAUAUCCUCGACAGCAACUCUUGACACUCAGAGAGUUGGAGAUGAUUGGCUUCGUAGAAAAUAAUGUGUCAAGGUUAAGCCUUGUGUUAAAAGAAAUCUCAAGAAGGAGCGAAGGUCUUAGUGGCCGGGUCCUAAGGAAACUUCCUUUCCUAGCACAUGCACUUUAUAUUCAAGCCCCCAGUGUUACAAUGACCACAUUUCUUCAGGCUCUUUCACUUGUAGUGGACAAGCAAUUUGAAGAAAGAAAGAAACUUGCAAACUGCAUGUGACACUACUGUUUUAUAGUUAUCUGUAUUGUUACCAAUGAAAAGUACAUAUUUUUGAAUACAAACUGUGCACCUUUUAUACCUUUGUAAAAUAGAUUGUCAACGCAUGAAGAAACCUGGAAGGCCUGAUCUAGUUUUUAAAAACAGUGAUUAAUAAACAAAAUUCGGA